CGAUUGUUUCCGCUGAAAUAGAGCUUUACAAACAGCUCAAAGCCUGACUGACCCGUCUAGUUCUACGCAUUUUCCGCCGCCCUUCCCCCAGUCUCGCAGUUUCGCCUUCACAGCGAUAUGCAUUGCAAUUCCAGCAUAUGAGCAGUCUCGCUUGUGCCGAGGCCACGUGCCUGUGGCUAACGGAGAACUAUACUGACUGCUACGCGACGCUCCAGAAAGUCGAGUCGGAAAGCAAAGCGGACCCCAAGCUCGCCCAUAAUUUGCUGGUGGUGGAACACGUCGUCGCUGGCAGAACUGAUUCGGAACGCAUAGCGGCUCAGCUCGAGCUCCUUGCGAACGAGCGGCUUUCCGCGGAUGAUGGCGGCAGCAGUGGCACGAGCGGUAACACCGCUGCGGAUGCGGGCCCCUCAGCAGGCAGCAGCACCAGCGGCUUCCGCUCCCGCUCCUCUGGCACUCUAGAGGUGCUGCCGCUGGUGCCAGUGCGGGAUGACCUGGCGGUGGCGCAACUGAACAGGGCCCUGCUGCUGCUUCGCGCCCACCGCCCCGCCCUCGCCGCUGACCUGCUGGAGCGCCUAGCGGCUGACGUGGAGGCGCUGCCCGAGGGCACUGCCGUACGGCUGCUGGCGGCGCUGCUGGACGCCCUCAUUGAGAUACGGCAGCUGCCGCGGGCGGUGGCGGCGCUGCAGACGCUGGAGCGGAUGUACGGCAGCCUCAUGGAGGCGUACGGCAGUGGCAGCGGAGGCGGGGGUGCUGGAGGAGGAGGGGAAGGAGGCGGGCGGCCGGCGGUGUUGGCGCUGCCGCGUGUGUCGCGGUGGGACAGCGGACCCAUGAUGCGGUGCCGGGCGCUGCUGGAGCAGCAGGGCCGGCCGCCCGCCUGCCCCGACCUGAAGCUGCUCAUCCGCCUCUACCGCUCCCGCCUGCACGCCCUGGCGCACAACACCCGGGCGGCCAAGCGGGAGCUCAAGGCGGUCAUCGCGGCGCUGCACCUCACGCCCCUGCAGCAGCAACAGUUGCUAGCAGGAGGCGGCAGCCCUAGCAGCGGCCCAGGCGGCCAACCCAGCAGCGACACCGCCGCCGCAGUACCAGCAGCAACAGCAAACGGUCUGCCCCCGCGGCAUGCGUCUGCUGCUGCAUGCAGCACUAGCACCAGCCCCACCGCCGCCACCAUCACCACCACCGCAGAUGCAGCCA